AUGACAAACAACCCCUGUACCGCAUGCAGCUGGAGUUCGGAGCGCCAACGGAACUGCAGCUACGAAAGCGACGUCAAACUGGUCCAUGCAAGCCGUAACCGAGGAAUCUGGGCCAUUGGUUCCAGCCUGAUCCUCAAGGAUCGGGGUCCCAUGCAUCGCACUUAUGAGGUCUUUAACGCCCAUCUCGUGCGAGAAAGCACCACCAUUCCUGUCCCCACGGUAAUCGGAUCCUGGAAGGAAAACCGCCGUACUUUCAUCCUAAUGAAACGCAUACCCGGCGAGUCACUCCGCGAAUUGUGGCCGAGACUCUCUUUGAAGGAGAAAGAAAGCAUAGCAAAGCAGACGGCGGACUAUAUCUCCCAGCUUCGCGGCCUCCAGAACCAGAAAAUACAAGGGGUAGGUGGGCGCCCAAUCUACUCCAGCCUUCUAUUCCCAUACAAGAGAGCCGACAACCCCUUCCCUCCACACGGCCCAUUCUCUUCUGAUGAUGAACUCUGGGCCGACAUGGGUCUUGGUAUAACGAAUAAUCAUCCGAAAAGUAUGAAUGAGGAUCUUAGAAGGGUGAUGCCGCCUGGCAGGCCUUAUACGUUCACGCACUGCAAUCUCGCCAUUGAAAAUAUCAUGGUGGAAGACGGGAAGGUGACGGGCAUUCUCGAUUGGGAGUGUUCGGGCUAUUACCCUGUUUGGUGGGAGUAUGUCUGUACAUCGGCUGCUACUAGCCAGGAGGAUCAGGAGUGGAAGGCGCUGCUGAGGAAGCAGAUGCGUGAUUAUACUCGUGCGCGGGAUUGGUGGUCAACUUAUUGUAUGACUGAAAAAGACGACGAAUCCGAGAGAUUGAUUAGAGACGAUACCCAGUCGGAACGCAUGGCCGAUUCAGAUAGCGAUGGAUCAAUCGAGGUAGAGAGGCGGUAUAGCUUCUAG